UCAUAUAUUUUUUGAAAGUGCACUAUUUGCUUUAUUUGGCAGUGGUGUGUUGAAGUAGUCACGAGGCGACACAGUGUCACAUGUUGCUGCUUAUCCUCCUCCUGACUCGACAUUAAAAUCAAAUAAUACCGUCCUUAUACACACAAAAUGAUUUAAGCGUGAUCCCAGAGCUCAUGUGGCUGUCGAGAGCUUCAAGUUACUUUCAGAUUUAUUUGGGGAAUGAAUGCAGAAAAGACGGCAGCAACAUUUAAAGAACAUUUUUACUUUGUCAACACUACAGAUGGAUGAUACAGGCAUGAAAAGAGGCAUUGUGAUAAAAGAUGACUGGCUGGGAUAUAGUCUGGACCUGUUCACCUACCCGGAGCAUCACCACGAAGACAUAGAGAGUGUUUAUAUUCCACAUGGUGUGAUCAUGAACAGAGUGGAACGCCUGGCCCACUACAUCGUGGACGACUUUUCCGACCAAAAUAUAAUGGUGCUGUGUGUCCUGAAGGGUGGCUUCAAGUUCUGCUCAGAUCUGCUGGAAUUCAUCAAGGUUCUUGGACGCAACUCCAACAAGUACCUGGAGACUCGGGUGGAGUUCAUCCGCCUGAAGAGCUACCUGAAUGAUCAAUCAACAGAGGACCUUCACAUUAUAGGAAGCUCAGAUCUGUCUUUCCUGCACGGAAAGAGUGUUCUCAUCGUUGAGGCGAUAGUUGACACAGGAAAGACCAUGCAGGCUCUUCUGAAACAUGUGGAGACCUUUAAACCCAAGAUGGUCAAGGUCGCAGGUCUUCUGGUGAAAAGGGUCACUCACAUGGUUCGAGGUCUGACGGACUAUGUUGGAUUUGAAAUCCCAAACCAUUUCGUGGUUGGCUAUGCCUUGGACUACAAUGAGUAUUUCCGAGACCUGAAUCAUAUUUGUGUCAUCAGCAAAAUUGGAAAGAUGAAGUACAAGGUUUGAGAAGACCUGAAUCCAGUGUUGGUGUAGUAAAGUAUUUUUUGUCAGUGUGCAACAUCUGUGUCAAGCUGCAAAGUGUUUUGUUUUAUUUUUGCAUAACCUGCACAAAAAGAACAUUCAACUUGUAUUUAUUUUUCAUGCAGGAUCACCUCAAUGCAGUCGGUCAUAACUGUUCAAGUAAUCGUCUUAAAAUGCCAACAAGAUUAAAACUGUUUGAUGUGAUGCAGCUGUUCCUCUGGUGAUGCGAUGCACACGGGAACAAAAAAAAAGGGCCAAAUGAAAGAAGGCGCUGCUGCCAGAAAAGGAGAGGACGUUGGUGGCAGAUGGGGAGACCUUAUGGAGGGUGGCAUCCCUGUGCCAGGAUGACACCCACUCUGACUCAGAGAAAAAAACAAGAGUAGGUGCAGCUGACAAGCUCAACAACAAGGCCUCAUAUGGAAAUGAUGGAAAUAGCC